CAAAAUUUGAGGUUAAACUUAUUAGUGUCUAUUUACAAAAAUGUCGAAUGAAAAAGAAGCAAAACCCGGAGAAGGAAUUAGGUCGUUGAAAACGAGUAACUUGUUUAGAGCGAUUAAUUUUGAACUGUACGUUCGACCCAAUUUGGCGAUUAUGGGCCUUGGAUUAAUUGCAAUUACAGGUUGUGCCGGUUAUAUUGCGUACAUGCGAUAUACCUACGAGAAGGCAGGUUAUUAUUCGGUCGUAAAUGAAGACGGGACCGAAUCGUUUCAAAAGAAACGAUCCAAAUGGGAUUAACAUCCUUUUUAACCAGGAUUUAGACCUUGUUUUAAUUAUUUCUUUAUUUAUUUGUAAAUAGUUAUUAAUGAAUAAUGUAAUUAAAUAAAAACGUUUAUAAAUCCAUAA